UCCACCGCAGCUAGAGCUCCGAGUGGUCAGGUGGAGGCGGAGCUUGGCAGCUUCGUAGACUUCAGCCGCAGCGUUUCCCCGGCCAGGUAUCUGGCCGCAGUCUCAGGAGACAAGACGGAUCCCUCAACCGUCACAGAAAUGUCUGCUCCAGCUCAGCCACCCACUGAAGGGGCAGAAGGGACUGCCCCAGGAGGGGGUCCCCCAGGCCCUCCUCCUAAUACGACCAGUAACAGACGACUACAACAAACCCAGGCACAAGUGGAGGAAGUGGUGGACAUCAUGCGUGUGAAUGUGGACAAGGUCCUGAAGAGGGAUGAGAUACUGUCACAGCUGGAUGACCGAGCUGAUGCCUUGCAGGUGGGAGCAUCACAAUUUGAGAGCAGCGCUGCCAAGCUAAAGAGGAAGUAUUGGUGGAAAAACUGCAAGAUGAUGAUCAUGCUGGGAGCCAUCUGUGCCAUCAUCGUGGUAGUUAUUGUAAGGCAGGACUGAAGAGCUGGAAGAAAGCAGUCAGUGUACCCUCCCAACGGCCCCCCUCGAAGGUCUCCACUCUCCUUUGGGCUCCUCCUUGCCUAAUGCAGGGGGUCACCGCUGGAGAAGAACCACCACUGUCCUCGAUGUGUCCCGAGCCUGGAGCAAAUUCGCACUCUUGGCCCACCCAGCCCUGUCACAGGAAUUCUUUCCUGGGUUUCGGUCCCUCUGAGGCUCACCAGAUAGAGUUGGCUUUGUUCUUUUGGGGAUGUUUGGCCUUCUACUUUCUUUCUCACCCCACCCUGUACCCUCUUCUGUGUCUUUGCUGUCCCUCUUCCCUCCCACCACCCAUGUGCAUGAGCAAAUAUGCAACCAAACCCUGGGACUUUGCAGUCAAAUGAAGCCGAGCUUCCCACAUCCCCUUCUUCCUUGGUUUGCCAUGAGGCGAUGUGGGGUUUCCACUGUGUGUCAUCACCUCUGUCUUUUUUUCCUCCCCCCAACCUCGUACUUGUAUAGAAUAAUAACCGUUGUACUUCCACCAAAGGCAUGUGGCAUAUUUACCAACUUCAUAUAUCCUGAACAAAGGCAAAAAAAUAUAAAUUCCUACCACUAAA